AUAACUCGUUGAGGAGGGGAGAGAGAAAGGAGAGAGAGGGGGAGACGGAGAAAGAGGAGAAUGGGUGAAGUAGCAGAGACAAUGACGAAGAAGAAGAAGAAAGGAAGGCCAUCUCUGUUGGACCUUCAGAAGCGAGCUCUGAAGCAGCAGCAACAACAGAGGAAUCGAGAUGAACAACCGGAGGAGCACAGAUCCGGUUUCAAAAACCCUAAUUCGAGUCGCCGAUCCACUCGCCGGAGCUCGAAUCCCAACGGCGUCUCCGUCGAUUCGUCCUGGAUCGACGGCUAUGAUGACGUCGACAUCGACGAAAUCGACGACGACGAGCGCAGGGAGAAAAAGCACAGGCUGUUGCACGGCUUGAACUCCCACGCCCAUCGGCAUUCUCCUAAUUCCCAAUCGGCUAACCUGGACGAUCCGGGCGAGAAUCCCGAGAAAUCCGUUGGGCGGCGGAAGAUCGGUGCCGGCGUUCACGGAUCUGACGAUAUGGGAGAAAAGGGUUCGAAAGCGACUGACAUUACUCGAGGGUCACCCAUGGAGUCUGGACCCACUACACCUUUGCCAGACAAAAAGUUGUUGGUGUUCAUCCUCGAUAGACUUCAAAAGAAGGAUACUUACGGAGUGUUCUCAGAUCCAGUUGAUCCAGAGGAGCUUCCGGAUUAUCAUGAUAUUAUUGCAAAUCCAAUGGAUUUCAGCACUGUUCGGAAGAAAUUAGAUUCUGGAGCCUAUUGUAACCUAGAGCAGUUUGAGAGGGAUGUGUUUUUAAUAUGUACAAAUGCGAUGGAAUACAAUGCUCCGGAUACCAUAUACUAUCGACAGGCACGAUCUAUACACGAGAUGGCAAAGAAAGACUUCGAAAAUUUAAGACGAGAUAGCGAUGACGAUGAAGAACCGCAGCCACAGCCACAGCCUAAAGUGGUGAAAAGAGGCCGUCCUCCAGGCAAGAGCCUGAAGAAACAGCUCGAUACAUCUCCUAUUGACCGAACUACUUCUGAAAUCUCAGCUGAAACAGCUCUCGCUACCGCGGGAGAUAGCUCUAAGCAAUCCGGGGCUUACAAUCUGAGAAAAGCACCGAGUUCAUAUAGAUUCCGCCCGGCAGAUGCAGCCGUUAGAUUUAGCCAUAAUGGUAUCGAGCCCCAAAGCGGCGGCUUUUCAGUUGAUUGGGAGAACGAGUUUCCGGCAUCGGUUGUGAAGGCAGUCAACAAGUACGGGAUGAAACACUUCAACGUCGACGAAAACCGACGUGAUACGUAUAACCAGCUCCUCUCGACUUCCUUGCAGGAGUCUUCUGUCUUAACGACCCUUGAAGAUGAGCCGAAGCAAUUAAUUCCAGUCGGGCUGAACACUGAAUAUGGGUAUGCUCGGAGCCUGGCACGGUAUGCUGCAAAUCUAGGCCCUGUUGCCUGGAAAAUUGCGACGAGGAGAAUAAAAAACGUUUUGCCACCAGGUAUCGAAUUUGGUCACGGGUGGGUCGGCGAGAACCAGGCUCCCGAAGAUCCUCGGCAACAGAUAUCAAUGUCGGGAAUGUUGUCCGGUGAUCAUUCAAACAGAAUCCUUUCUCCAACUCCCUCUGUCUCUAGCUCUUUCGGCGGAGGAAACAGGCACUCUUCCCACGGAUUCGAAGAUUCCACGCCUACCCGAGCCAUGAAUCCCGAAACCGAGUUUUCGGCGGGUAACCACACGAACCCACCAUCCUCCUCAGGACCAGUGAUCAAACCUGAGAGCAACGGCCUCAUCCGUGGUUUCGGUGGCUUAAACCGGAUGUCAGGUAACGAGGGAAUGGCGUCGGGUGGAGGAGGGUCGUUACCCUACGGGAAGAAAGAAUUCCACCGGCUUCCACCCGACCUGAACACUAGACUCGUCUCCCCGAGCUCACCACCUGCUGGUUCUAACGCUCAGGCUGCUGCUGCUGGUUCAUCGCAGCAUCCGGAUUUAGCAUUACAGCUCUGAUGAUUGAUCGGUUAACAUUUAUAUACAUAUAUAUACACACAUUUAUAGAAAGAUGUCGGCUGAUCCUAAAAGCGCUAAUCUUAUUAGUGGCUAUGGCCGAAGAAAUGAGAUGAAAUCAUGUGGAAAGCUCACAGCUUCAUUUUGUGUAGAGGAUGAAAAACUUGGGGGGAGAGGUUUUAGUGUACAGAUUUUUUUUUUUU